AGUUCCAGGGGGCCCCAGCGCAGGUCAAGGAUUGGGGGGCGGGGCCGGUGCGGACGUGGGAGCCGGCGCCGGGCACUGGAGGGGCCAUGGAUGGGCUCGGCCGCCGCCUCCGAGCCAGCCUGAGACUGAAGCGCGGCCGCGGGGGACCUUCUCAGAACAAUACUGGGGAAGCUGCCACAGAACCAGAGAGGACCCAGGAACAUUCCCUGUCUAACUUUGCUGGAGGCCAGCACUUCUUUGAAUACCUUCUUGUUGUUUCUUUAAAGAAAAAGCGUUCAGAGGAUGACUAUGAACCCACGAUCACCUACCAGUUUCCCAAGAGGGAGAACCUGCUCCGGGGUCAACAGGAGGAGGAAGAACGGCUGCUCAAAGCCAUUCCUUUAUUCUGCUUCCCUGAUGGGAAUGAGUGGGCACCCCUCACAGACUAUCCCAGGGAGACCUUCUCAUUUGUCCUGACCAACGUGGAUGGAAGCCGGAAGAUUGGAUACUGCAGGCGCCUCCUGCCUGCCGGUCCUGGCCCUCGCCUUCCCAAAGUAUACUGCAUCAUCAGUUGCAUCGGCUGCUUCGGCCUGUUCUCCAAGAUCCUAGAUGAAGUAGAGAAGAGACACCAGAUCUCCAUGGCUGUCAUCUACCCAUUCAUGCAAGGUCUCCGAGAGGCAGCCUUCCCCGCACCCGGAAAGACUGUCACCCUUAAGAGUUUCAUCCCUGACUCAGGCACAGAGUUCAUCUCACUGACACGGCCCCUGGACUCCCACCUAGAGCAUGUGGACUUUAGUGCUCUGUUGAACUGUCUGCAGUUUGAGCAGAUUAUUCAGAUCUUUGCCUCUGCAGUCCUGGAAAGAAAAAUCAUCUUCCUGGCAGAAGGUCUCAGUACCCUGUCUCAGUGUAUCCAUGCUGCAGCGGCUCUGCUCUACCCUUUUAGUUGGGCACACACGUACAUCCCUGUGGUCCCCGAGAGCCUUCUGGCCACUGUCUGCUGCCCCACCCCCUUCAUGGUUGGGGUACAGAUGCGCUUCCUACAGGAGGUUAUGGACAGUCCCAUGGAAGAGGUCCUGUUGGUGAAUCUUUGUGAAGGAACCUUCUUAUUGUCGGUUGGUGAUGAAAAAGAUAUCUUACCGCCAAAACUGCAAGAAGACAUCUUGGGCUCCCUUGGUCAGGGGAUAAAUGAGUUAAAGACUUCAGAACAAAUCAAUGAGCAUGUUUCAGGCCCUUUUGUGCAGUUCUUUGUCAAGACUGUGGGCCACUAUGCAUCCUAUAUCAAACGGGAGGCCAGUGGGCAAGGCCACUUCCAAGAACGAUCCUUCUGUAAAGCCAUCACCUCCAAGACCAAGCGCCGAUUUGUGAAGAAGUUUGUGAAGACACAGCUUUUUUCCCUGUUCAUCCAGGAAGCAGAGAAGAGCAGGAACCCUCCUGCAGGCUAUUUCCAAAAGAAAAUACUUGAAUACGAGGAACAGAAGAAGCAGAAGAAAGCAAAAGAAAAGACUGUGAAGUAAAAGCUGUGGUGAGCAAGUGUCUAGAGCUACAGGCCAAUUUGGACUUUGGCCCUUCUGGUGUGACAGAAUCAGUGAGGCUCCCAGCCUUGGAAUCCACAGCCUCCUUCCAACUGGUAACCCAGUCUUGCUUCAAAGUGGUGUCUGAGUUUGGAAUCCUUGGUGUCAGAAUGCCUCAGAACUUUGAGAGCUCUCAUCCCAUCUGAACUCAUUGAACUGUACUCAAAGCUGCACCUUUAGCAGGAUGGACACAGUAGGAAACAGCAGUACAGCUGCAGGUGUUUGACUAGAAGUUGCCACCAAUGCCAUCUUCUGGGAACUACACCGUUAUAAAAUCCUCAGCGGAGAACACUGUUGUGGCCCAACGACACAUGUACAAAAUUGUCGUGACGUGAGGAUGAGAAUAAAGAUAAAAACCUUGUUGUUUGUCCAUCUAGGAGGCACUGAAUAGGAGAACAAACUGAACUAGACGUGGAGGAGGACCUGGUCACACUAGGCUGUUUGGAAUCACACAAAUCAGGGGUCAGCAGCUCUACUUCUAGUAAGAAGAGUAAGAAAUCUUGAUCAGAGUGGCCACAGCAUAGUAGUCUUUGGUACUAGUCUGGUGUGCUUUCCAGUAUCUUUGGCAGAAACGGGUAGCAGGAAGAAGGCAGCUUUGGCCUCAGUCAACAGAAGCCCUUCAAAGCUGUCUCAUGACUUCGCGAACAAGGCCAGCCUGCCCAUAGCCCAGUUAGGGUUAGUCCUUUGCCUUCAAUCUCAGGCAUCUCA